AUCAUUGGUAAUCGAGGUACAGUAAAUAUAAAUCCUAGAGAUAUGAUGGGUCCAGAAACUUCAGUUACUGGAGUGGCUCUUGCUACUUCUACAGAGGACGAAUGGAGCACAACAACUCAAGAAGUGUUGCGUGGAACAGAGGAAGGUUGGGUGAAGCCAGUCAUUGACAAGAAAUACACUCUGGACUCUGUUACUGCUGCUCAUCAUGAUAUAAUCCAUUCCAAAGGUGCUAAAGGAAAACUGGUCUUACAGAUUGAUUGAAUGGGAAGUAUGUCAGAUUAUAAGGCAGUCUAUUAUCUGGGCGUCAGUAUAACCCCAUGAUUCUUGAAUAAUUCAAGUUUAACUGUUCAAAUAUGUCUUGUUUGUUACGUUUUUUUCUUUUAUUUUCUGUGUAAUACUUGUGUAAGUAUAUAGCCAAAUCAACAAAUAAUGUGUUCCUGAAAUACACAAAUAUUAAUGGUAA